UCCUGGAGAAGGACAUUCUGGCCCACCUCCUAAAAUUGGUAAUUUUUAUGGAAACUUGAAUACUGGACUUAGUCCUGUAGAAGGACAUUCUGACCCUCCUCCUAAAAUUGGUAAUGUUUAUGGAAAUUUGAAUACUGGACCUAGUCCUGGAGAAGGACAUUCUGGCCCACCUCCUAAAAUUGGUAAUGUUUAUGGAAACUUGAAUACUGGACCUAGUCCUGGAAUUGGACAUUCUGGCCCACCUCCUAGAAUUGCUUAUAUUUAUGGUAACUUGAAUACUGGACCUAGUCCUGGAGCCGGGCAUUCUGGACCACCUCAUAAAAUGGGUCAUGUUUAUGGCAACUUGAAUAGUGGGCCUAGUCCUGGAGAAGGACAGUCUGGUCCACCUCCUAAAAUUGUUCAUGUUUAUGGCAACUUAAAUACUGGACCUAGUCCUGGAGUUGGACAUUAUGGUCCACCUCCUAGAAUUGGUCAUGUUUAUGGAAACUUGAAUACUGGAUCUAGUCCUGAAGCCGGUCAUUCUGGUCCACCUCCUAAAAUAGGUCAUGUUUAUGGUAACUUGAAUACUGGACCUAGUCCUGGAGCUGGUCAUUCUGGUCCACCUCAUAGAAUUGGCCAUGUUUAUGGCAAUUAG